AUGGAUGACCUCGACGUGGUGUGGCGUGUUAGCGCCCUGCGAAACCUGCAGCCCAAUGCUGUAGUCGAACUGGCCCCUUGGUCUACAGCUAGGCGGCGUCUGGCCAACAGGAUAGCUGAAUGGUUUGGGGCUAGGCCAGGAGCUGCGCUGACGAGCCUUGUUUCCUGCAUCGACGACGACGACGACGAUGGGGGGAGGGGGAUGUCGAUGCCCCGCGAACGGUCUGGGGCGAGCGUGUCGCAGACUCACAGCCUGUCCUGA